AAAAAAGUUACGGGAUUGAUUUCGAGCCAAGAUAUGCAGAGCCAUGGCCAAACCCCUGUUUAUGGUGCUCACCCUGAACAUCAACUGUCCGACGCACCCAGCAUGGAUCCAAGACUUGGCCACGAGCGCCACGUAGCUCACGAUUACAUGCGUGGACAGGACCCGAUUUCUGUGGCUCCGGUUGGACAUCAUCCUUCAUCCAUGGACGCCAACAGCGGCUCUAGUCCUAGUAUUGGAGCAACGUGUGAGCUCAGGGACACGCCAACAAUAACAUCCAGCCACGGAUAUCUUAUGGGGCAUGGACAACUCUUUGCCAGUCCCAAUCUUGGCUCCGUGGAAGCAAUGGCCAGCCAGCACCAGUUCCAUCAGUCGACACAGCAGCACUUAGAAAACCAUACGUCGCAUCAACAUCAACAUCAUCAAUAUCUCCAUGAUAAUGAAGCCACAGCACACCAUGCCCCGAUGAUGCCGAUGACACCAUCAUCUGGCACAGCACCAGGAAACCCCAAGCCAAUAAGGAGACGUAUGCGCAUGAUAACAUCGUGCCUCGAGUGUCGCCGGAGGAAGCUCAAGUGUAACAAAUCUAACCCCUGCACCAAUUGCACCAAGUUUAAUCGAGAAUGUUUAUACCUUUCAGCUAAGCUGGAUGAGGCGAGUCAACACCGCCUCACGGAGAUCAAGGAAAAGGCCGGUCUAUUGGAGCGCCAGCUUGAGCGAUCGGUGGCUAGAUCAGCCUCACGCAGCUACAGCCAGCAGAGAAUCGUAGCGGAUGAUGUUGAGGACGAAUACGCCGACGAGCGAGAGCUCGAAGCAACCCCGAUGGUUGCGCUAGACCUCACUUACGAUGAUCCAGACGUUGAACAUACCACCGACGAUAUCAUUGAUUUGGGAAUACAAGUUGGAAAGAUGCGUAUUACUGAGCGAAUCGGAGGACUCAAUAGACCAAGGAUAUCCGAAGAGAUUGAAGCAGGAUUAUCUGCACCACUGCCGCAGCCUCCAGGAUACGAUCAAAUGUCUGGACAGACAUCCAGGGCCGCCAGCAUGUCUGCGGUCAACGGUUCCGAAAUAUUCAUUCCUGACUUCUUGCGGCCCGGCACCUCUUACAUUCCGCCGACAAGUGGCUACUUUUUUGGACAGGUCGUACACUCGCCGGGCCUGGAUCAGCUACUUCCUAGCUCCAGGGGAAUGGGAGAUAUGUUGUUGCAGCGUUACUACGAUGCGGUCCAUCCCAUCGCCCGCUGUGUCCACUGGCCAAGCUUCGAGCUGACAUACCAGUCAUUUUGGGAAGAUUGCAACGCCGGUUAUGAGCCUCGGCCAUCAGUGCAAGCUGUGGUGUUUGCUGCAUGGUUUAGCGCAGCCGUUUCUCUGGAAAAUGACGGUGAUCUACGCAUCUUCGGCGAGUCCAAAACUGCACUGAUGCAGAAAAUGAAGAUCGGGACAGAAGCGGCUUUGAGCAAAGCCAACUUCCUGAGAACAACGCGAGUGGAAACAUUGCAGGCUUUCAUCAUGUACAUGAUACCACUAUGUCGUGCUGAAAUCUCGAGGGCCCACUCAGUCUUGGUUGGAGCAGCAGUGAGGAUGGCAGAAUGCAUGGGCCUACACCGUGAUGGGGAAGCGUACGGAUUGACGCCGCUCGAGACACAUGUGCGAAGACUACUCUGGCAACAGCUCUGUUUCCUCGACGUUCGGACCUGCGAGGCUCAAGGACCCAAGCCAGCCAUUAGAAGGGAAGACUACGACACGAGUCUACCUUUGAAUUGCGAGGAAGAGGAUCUCACAAACGCGAUCGAGCCGCCCAGUCCUGCUGAUAGGUGGACAUCGGCCUUGCUGCCCCUGAUGCGUUUCGAGAUAAACGAGAUGAUGCGCAACAUAUGGAUGGACCGACGCAGGCUCGAGACCCACAAGACCACCGUCACCAAUGUUUUACAAAAGAUUGGCAACUUCCGAAAGCGCCUGUUGGAAAAGUACGAAAGGUUUCUCGACGACCGUGUGCCAAUACAACGAUAUGCAAAACUCGUGAUGCACCUGCUCACGCACCGGCUCUAUGCCAUGAUACUCCACCCGUACUACGCCAACACUUCGAACCCGAUGCCUCCGCGGCUUAACAGUGUACUCAUUUGGGGUGGUGUAGGGAUCAUCGAGAUUUCGAUACAGCUAGAGACUAACCCGGACUUUGCCCUCUGGUCCUGGUAUUUGGGAGCAUACCAACAAUACCAGAUUGCGCUCCUCCUGGCAACCGAGAUUUAUUACCGGCCCGCCAACAAGGAAGCUGACCGCAUCUGGGCUUGUCUUGAUCAUGUCUUUGGUAUGGAGAGAAACAUGAGCCGAGAUGAAAAGGGCUCCAUGAUAUUGCAUGAGAUUGCGGAAAAAACCUCGGUCUACAUGGGCAUGCGCAAGAUGCGUGCGCCUAGGAGUACUACCGAGGCAGUGCCAGACAAACAACCCAUCAAGACUGAGGGUAGCGUAUCUCCGUCAGCAGCUGUGCUUGCCGCUGCUGAGCCAUACAACCCUCAAACAGUCCAGAAUCAGAGCCAUCAAACCCACCACCAGGAGAACGAACAGAUACCAACCAGCCAGUCAAGCAUGCAGUAUUCGCCGCCAUUAUUCGCCCAAAACCCGUCACAGCAGAGGCACCACCAUCAGCACUCCCCUGGCAGCUUCAAGGUAGAACCCGGAAUUUCAUCAGCCAUAAUGCCAACUGCACCAAUCACAGGGACAGGAGGAACAAGAGGAGCGCCUAUGCAGACAGGUUUACCUAUGCAUAUGCCUCAUGGUCCGCCACAACACGUAGUCUUUGCUGGCGUUUCCAACGGAGAGGUGCUCUGGAGCCUCCCGCCCCAGAAUCCAGGCAGCCCGGAAGCCAGUAGCGACGGUGGCAGCGUUGUUGGGCAUCCCCAGAGAAGUAGCCAAAUUUCUGCACCGCCUGGCGGAGGAGCCAUGGGUGGCAUUGAUUGGGCCGCAUGUACAGAUGCCAUCAACGCAAUCUUUCCUAGCGACCCUCAGACAGGCGAAUUUUCCAUGAACGUUUUUGUGGAUCCUAAUGUUGGGAUGAAAUGGAGCAACUGA